AUGUGCAUCAAUAACGUCUACUUUAUCCGACCGAAAUGUGCGGACGAGACCGAAAUCAACGUUGGGAGCAUGCUGCGCAAACGCAAGCGAUGUAUAUCCGCUCCAGUAGCUCUACACCACCGCUACUGGUCGCUGCAUGCACGGAAUAAUGCUAAAGAAGUGUACAAGUUCCACGAUAACACUAUCGUCCGCCGCUUCAACUACCGAAUCCCUAGCAUCAACGGGAAGCAGGUUCUUGGUGUAGACAAUCUGCGAGUGAUCCUAACCUUCAACAUCGCAUACGACACGGCAUCUGUCUCCUGGAGCUGCAUUGGGAAUCUCUCGCGCAAGCCCGACGCAGAGAACACGGAAAGUGACGGAGAUGAGGGGGCACAUGACAAGGGCUCUUCGCUGCUAGAUCAGCCACUCCUGCAGGAGACCGUAGGUCGUUGUCGUCCUGAGGCUCUGUGCUACGAGGUCAUCCUCAUAAUCGUGCGACACCCUGUGACGGGUCUAGCCACGCCAGCCAUGGCCAUUAAGUCCAUUCACCAAAAGGAAACGGAUAAUAAGCCAAGACCGUACGUUCACAUUGAAAUGGUCCCGGAGGACGUCUGGAUUGACUUGCCUGCCGACCCGGAUAUCGGCGAGCCGGAGCAGCGACGAGCAAUGUCGCUAAUGGCCGCACCCUGCUCAGUGGAGUUGAGUGCGCACAAACUAAAAGUGGUGAAGGAGUAUCGCGAAUACUACUUUUAUAGUCGACCAACCUGGGAUAUCGAGAAACAAGCUCACGGCGACGAACAAGCGGUGUGCCACGAGCCGGAAGUCCACUUGCGGAUUGCCGAGCGUGUGCGACUCACUAGUGUCCUUUCCUAUCAGUCGGGCAACUAA